UAACUAUGAGCACAGCCUUCCCUCCUGGUCGCGCAACAUUUAGGCUCCCAUCGGGCUCCUCGCUUGCCUGGCCUGCUGGCUCAUCUCCUUCGUUCACAGCAUCUACGGAAUACUCUCUCGCUUCUAAGCAAUGAUUAUAUUAUCUAACUGCCCGCCCGAUUGUUCUAGGCACGCUUGAAGUUACUGCUCCUGGUACCUCAUUUCACAUCCUGUGCCUAGCUUGAAGACCUCUAGUCGCAGCCCACUUUCAAUCCAACUGGAAACUGGCCUCUAUUGUAUGAUUAACAGUCAGGCCAAAUUACAGUGUCGAACCAUUCCCGCGAUAGAACACAACAUGUCAUCAUCUUAUCCCAGUCCCCCGAAUACGCCCUCCCCGCCGAGGGUGAGGAUCGAUGGGGACCAAGCACGCCAGAAUGAACGCUCUCCAACAAGAGCUAGCAAUUACGCACCUACCCCUCCAACAACACCUUCGAAGAAUGGAUCUGUGGAGACCGUCAAAGCUAUAGCUCUCGCAGCUCCGAUGGACCCUGCGGCUCUAACAACUCUCUUAGGCCUCGGCAUCGGAAAAUGCGGGUCUCCUACAAAGAAGGAGGGAAACCCUCCAUGCAAUAACCCUAAUCCUAGUGACAUUACAAGUCAGAUCGGGUCUAUGACAACGCUAACUCAAGCGUCCCGGGAGCUUCCAGACCAGCUUGAGAUGCUUGCAGUGGUAGCUUUUUGCAAGUACCACAUUAAACCCAAACCGAAAGCCGCUCGAAUCAAGGUCUGGAAGAAGGUUUUUCCAGUUGGAGACGAGAAGGCAGUGCCAAUCGAACCGAUUGAAAAUGAAAUAGAAGGCGUAUUGGAUUGCUUCCAAUACACCUCCGCGUAUACCUGUCUAGGGGCAAAGCGUGACCACGAUAGCACGCCGUGUAUGUUCAAAAUUGGAGGCAAAAGAGUUCGCAAAGGCAAAAAAACGGUUGCCAUGAUCACCAAGCUAGAACACUACUCGAACGAUGACAACCUCACGUUUCUCCUCAAGGUUCUUGCCGUUAAUAUGUUUUGUUAUAAUCAUACUGAUCAGAUUCCCAAAUGGGUGGCAGAACGGAAGUCGCGUAUCACCGCGAUUUACAAAGCCUAUACUGUGCAAGAUCGACUGUUCAAAUUGGCAGGCAACACGGGAUUGUCACACAAGUUUCAGGCUGACCCAGCGGAGUUCUGGGACGACGCCGACGAUACGAGCGCUUUCAUCACUAAAAUAGAUGAGGAUAGACCUUCAGAUUACCUGGCUUGUUAUUCGUUGGUCCGAGACAAGAUGAAGGAGCCUUUGAAGGAGCAAGAGUUGCACGAAGGCCAUGUUUAUAUAUACGAGGUCGAGGGUAACCAAGGCUUCGUUAAAAUAGGAUUUACUACGAGGACCAUUGAGGCUCGCUCGGCAGAGUGGAAGACCGAAUGCGACAGGUUGCCUAAGGUCAUAUAUCCCCUUGGGGCUGUAGAGAAGAUUCCUCACGCCAAUCGUGUUGAAGGCCUGUGUUUAGCGGAUCUGAAGUGUCAUACUGUUAUAGUAAUUUGUGAAGCCUGUCCGAAGGAACACAUAGAAUGGGUUCAAGCUCCUGCUGCAAAGGCUAUUGCAGUGGUCCAGAAAUGGACGAAGUGGAUUAGAACGGCGCCAUUUACAGAUUCCGCAUGGACACUUACGGACGAGGAGAGCCAGAGAACUCUUGACAUGCCUAAGUUUAUGCAAGAGAUAGAGGUUGGAUAGGAGAGAUGUAGACAUAUAUAGAAAACACGAGCAGAGUUCGAAGUGCUAGGUUAGCGGCUAUCUUAGUGGCUGCAAUGGUAGCAAAGAAGUCAGGGUGAGCCCCUUAAUUUUUAGGGCAUUAUCUAUACAGAGGUAUAAUUAGGACGUUUGUGGCUAGAGGUAGAAGAAACUAUGACGAAGGGUUUUGGUGUUUGGUGCCUUCGUUCUGAUAUUUAGGUGGCGGCCAAUGGCCAUCCUAGGCACAUGAUCAAAGUUUUGAGGUGUUUGAGGCUACGUAAAGCACCAGGCACCGCCAGCUGAAAAUAGCAGCUCUAGCACCACAAUCUUGCAUAAUAUUAUAAUUACAAAC